CCCCCUCCCUUCUCCUCCCCUCCCUCAGUCCCCCCCUCCUUGCGGAAUUGUGAUGAUGGAGCAGGCACACAGCACAGAAUGGCCUCCUGUUCUUUAUCAAUGUGUGAUGUUAGCGGAUUGAAUCCAUGUUCCUAUUCCUGUGUUUCUUUUUCCCUUCAUCUUCAGGCCAGAAUAAUCCCCUUCAGGAAUGCGUUAAUGCCAAACAGCGGUAUGAUGCCUAUGAAGUGUGCUGAGCUGGAUGUGAUCCUUACUGGAACCUGUUCUGGGAUGUGUCCGGAUCGAGAGAGGGAUGAACGACAAAGGCAGAAGAGACUUCACAAGUUUGAAAUCCUGGAGGGCACGGCAAAAGACCGGCUGCCGAAAGCUGAUCCUCAGAGAACAGUGAAGGAAUAUUCACGGCCAGCAGCUGGAAAGGAGACUGCUCAACUGUAUGAGCUUCGCCCAGCCAGUGUCCUCCUACAAACUGUCCACUACCUAAUUGAUGAGAUUGUUCCACGCCACCAGGAGCCCUGGGUGGAAGUCUAUGAUUAUGUGUUUGACCGUCUGCGUAGUGUGCGGCAAGACAUGACCAUCCAACAGGUCACUGGGCACAUCGCAGUGACCAUUCUGGAGAAGAGUCUGCGCUUCCUCCUCUGUGCCUCUUACUGGCUAUGUGAGGAACCCAUCCAGGUUUUUGAUUCGAAGAUGAAUGAUAUUCACAUACAGGAGUGUUUCAGCUGGCUACUUGCUAACUAUUCAACUGGCAAUUAUGAAAAUGAAGCUGAGUUUCAGGCUCUUGCCAUUCUGUAUAACCUGGGAUCAGUGAAAGCUGUUCAUCAUGCCUUGCUCCUGACUGACCACAUCAGAGAUUCGCCUGCCAUGAAGUUGGCGUUUGGCAUUAACCAAGCUUUUGGAGAAGGAAACUACGUGCGAUGCCUGCGAGUACUGCGCCGCCUGCCCUUCCUGCAGAGCUGCGCACUUUUUCGGCACAUCAAGCUUUUCCGCCACCAUCUACUCAGAGUAUUUAACCAUGGUUACAGCAGCCGCAACUGCCGCUACCCUCUCCAGACCCUAGCAAACUUGCUAGGCAUGGACAGCCUCCUCUCAGCCACUGAGUUCUGUCAACACCAUGGUCUGGAGGUGAAAGGGAGCUCGGUGUGUUUCCAGAGGCACUGUUACAGGGAUCUCGGCCCCGAACCCAGGCAGCCAGAACUGGGACUUGUCGGCAAAAAACAAGGAGGCAGGACAAAGUCGAGCCUUAUCCACGGUCGCUGACCUUCACCAGACUGAGCAGUGGUCUCCCAUCCUGUACCCUCUUCAGUGCUGCAUCCUUGCAAGACCUUUUGACACAGUGGGUCCAUUCUGCCUUUCUCAAUGUCUCAGAGCAUCCUGUGCUACUGUGAUGGGCUUACUGUGGGUGCGCAAUGAGCAGUGGUGAAUGAGCCUCUUCCACUGCUUAAAAAGGCCCUCAACCUGUCUUGAGUUGGCUGUCUGACUUUGGGAGGUGUCAAGAUAUUUGGUGUAGUAAGAGGAGAAGCAGUGGGCUCUUUUCUGAGGUUGUGACAGUGUAGACGGAGCUUUUCUCUGUAUCUAACCCCAUGCUAUACCUGUCCUGGAAGUGUUUGAUGGGGACAGUGUAGAGGGAGCUUUACUCUGUAUCUAACCCCGUGCUGUACCCACCCUGGGAG